AUGUCUAAAGGAAAGAGUGGCAGAUCAAAAAAUGAUGGCGAUCGUCGCUCACGUGGAGGUGGUGGAGGUGCUGCGUACAUGAAACAGAUGGGUUUCACCAUGCCAAAUAUGGAUCUAAAUACGAAUGACGAUGAUUUGCCAGAUGAUAAUGAUGAUGAUCUGGAAGCUGAAUUGCGGCAGAUCAUGGGUGAGGGACAAACAACAAAACGUGCACGAGGAGGAGCCGGACCCAAACAACCGCAAGAUUUGAAUGCAUUCCAUAUGGAUGUGAGCAAAUUAUUAGCUAAUAUUGAUAAACCAAUUAAUGAUGAGGAUUUGUCCGAUGAUGAUGAUCCAGAUGUGUUGGCUGAACUAAAUGAAAUCGCUGGUGAAUUAGCUGAUGUCGAAGACAGAAACAAUCUACAGCAACAACAACAACAACAACAUAAACCAUCAACAGGAAAUAUAUUAUCAUUGUUAGAAGAACGAAAGCAAAUGUAUGAAAAAGCUGUUACAAAUGCCAAAAAUAAUAAUGAUGCAACGCGAUCAAGAAGAUUUGAAAGACAAUUGAAAACAAUUCAAGAACUAUUGCAAUCAGCAAGAACUGGAGCUCCGAUCAACGAAAACGACAUUCCCCCUGAAGUAAUCAUCUCACCACCAACAUCUUCUAUGCCAUCAACUCCUAAGACUGAAUCGUCUGUGAAUAAUGUCACUCUGCGGACUCCUCAGCCUCCUCAAUUGCAAGAAAAUGAAAGACGGCAACUACCACCACCGCGACAACAACAACCGGUCAUCACCGCUAAUGUUCCAGUUCGUGUCGAUGUACAACAACCUCAUGCACAUUCAUCUCAUUCAUCUUCAGUAACAAAUGUUAGUUCAACAAACAACAAUGCUAUAGAACGUUUAAAAGAAUUAGCAAUCCAAGCAAAACGUGCUGGUGAUGUCGAAAAAGCAAAGCAGUAUCUAAGAGAAAUGAAAUCGCUACAAGGUGAGACUGCUCAGCCACCCAAGAGAACAAGUAUCUCUGUACCAUCACCACCACCACAACAACAACAACAACAACAACAACAAACAAACGAAAAUGAGAAUGAAGGAGAAGCAAUGGAAGUGCCCUUAAAAGCACCAGAACCUAAAACGGUCCUAGAAGCAUUACAACAACGACACGGUGAACUAAAUAAACGAGGUGAAGAAGCAGCAACUAAUGGCGAUCGUGCGAAAGCAAGAAGAAUGGAACGUUUAUCAAAGCAAUAUGAAGAAGCGAUCGAGGCAACAAAACGUGGGAAACCAUAUGAUUAUAACGAACUGGCUGAUUUACCCGGUUUUGCGCCUAUUCCAGUAAACGCAGCAGGUACCCACCACCCAUCUUCUGCGGCUCCUCCCGCAGCAUCAACAUUGCCAUUGCGAAAACCUAAUCCAGCGGGUGCAUCAAGUCAUCCACCACCUGCUUCAGUCGCUCCACAUGCAGCUCAAGGUCGCCCUACAGUUAAUCCAGCAGCCGCACGACAGUCUCAACAUAAUAAUAUAGCACAAACAUUAAGAGCAAAACAAGAACAUUUUCAAAAAUUAGCACUUGAAGCAAAACGCCAAGGUGAUAUAGAAUCAGCCAAAAACUUUUUAAAAUCCUAUAAAGGUUUAGAACAAAUGGUGGCAGCAGCUGAAUCGGGUUUACCAGUUGAUUUGACUCAGGUUCCAAAAUUACCGGAUGAUAAUGAUUAUGAAAUGCUGGAUGAUGACGAAGAGUUAUUGCAUAGUGAUCGUGAUACAAUUUACCGUCGUUUACAAGAAGAUCUAUUGCAUCAAAUUCAAUUAUGUGCGCGAAAUCAACAAGUUUACUCUCAGAUGGAUAAUCAUGAGCAAUCUAUAGAAUAUAAACAAUUAGAACAACGUUGUCAACAGGAUUUAGAACGUUUAAGAAAAUGUUUUCAACAUGGGUUAAAGGCACCAUUAUUUCAUUAUGAACGUCGACAAAUGAAUAUUGUUCAAAUUAAUACUGAUUUAGGCGAGAAUGAUCUUGAAGUAACUGUAAUAAGAGGUAUAAAUUAUCCUCUUCCGCAAGGUUAUACGGAUAAAACAUUGGAAACAUAUGUCCAUGUUGAAUUUCCAUAUCCACCAGAAACAUCACAACAAGGCAAAACAAAACGUGUUUAUGGUGCACAAAUUUCAGAAUACCAUGAGAUAUUAAGAUUUUAUAUAAAACGAAAUGAUGCAAAAUUUAAACGUUUAAUGAAUCGAAAAGAAUUAAAAUUAGUUGUCUAUUAUCGAUCGGGAUUUAUGAAAAUGACAGAGAAAGUAUUGGGUACAUCGUCUAUUAAGUUACAACCGUUGGAAGAUAACUGUACGAUACAUGAAAGUGUUGAUUUAUAUGAACAUGAACAUAAAAAACGAAUUGAAGGAAAAAUUGAAUGUAAAAUAAGAAUUCGAGAAGCUUUAGGACAAGCAAAAGCAUCAGAAGUUUUACCACAACGUUGGCUGGUCAUUGACAGAUUUGAAGAAAUUAUUGAACAAUUACGUUCAACUGAUCGUCUGUCACCAGAGCAGUUGAAUGCUUUACGAAUACAGUUAAAAUCAUUAAAUGAACAAAGUGAUGAAAUUGUUAAUACAUUAAGAACGGGAGGACAACAGGCUGUGAAAGCUCAUGUUCAAGGAUUAACCGAAUUGAUUGAACAUUAUGAUCAAGAAGCUUUGCAUUAUUCUAAACGUCAUGAUAAUAAGAAAGCUGAUUUAUUUAUGACAAAGAAAAAUUUAGUUAUUAAAGAGAUUAAUACAUUAACUCGACCACAUCAAGAUCGACCAAACCAAGAUCGAUUCUAG